GUGACCGUUAACAGCUUUUGUUGCGUUUUUUCUUCUUUCUUUUGUCUACUGUGCUGUGUAUGUGGAGAGAACGGGUGGACGGGAAGGAGGAGGCGGUCUGGGUAAUGGCCGUCUGUGACGUCACCGAGCUCAGGUGUGGCACGGGGAAGCAGGUAGCUGCCGUUGUCGUCGCAGACGUCGGGCUUCGCGGUCUUUCUGUGGCUGAGCUGAAGAAGGGUUCACAAGGGGGGCCCCGUCCUGGACGCAGGAAGGAAGCUUCUCCCAGGAAGAAGCAAUGGAAGCUCUAUAAUUAUCCCAAAGUGCCUUUUUUUUCUUCUUCUUUUCGUUUCUUCUUGGAGUCCCACUGAGACGGUCGGGCUGAAGAAGAAGAAGAAGAAGAAGAAGCGGAGAUCAAUGGUGUCGAACCAACACUUUAAACCGUAGAACUGUAACUUUAGAUGCAUGUAUGCGCCCCACAGCUCUCAAAUUGGGCUGUUGGAUUUGAGUGAAAUCGGUGUUUGUGCGCGUGCGGCCGCUCGCAGCCAGCUGCUCUCUUCCUGUUAAAUAUUUAGGUCUGCAGCGGGCGAUGGAGGACCUGGACCUGGAGCAGCAGGAGCCCUUCCCCGUGGACCGCAACGGCCGACGGAUCGGCGACGGGGCCGACCGGCCCGACGGCGACCCGCCGCCGGGCUGCUGCGAGAGGUUCCACCUGUCCGUCUCCAAGUGGAUGCUCCCGGAGGACCACCGCGAGAAGUACCUGGAACGGGCCAACUGUUUCCCGCCCCCCAUCUUCAUCAUCCUCAUCAGCAUCGCCGAGCUGGCGGUGUUCAUCUACUACGCGGUGUGGAAGCCUCAGAAGCAGUGGGUGACCCUGGACGAGGGCAUCUGGAAAAGCCCCCUGACGUACAAGCCCGAGGCGCGGCAGGAAGCGUGGCGCUUUAUCUCCUACAUGUUUGUCCACGCCGGGGUGCAGCACAUUGUGGGAAACCUGUUGAUGCAGCUGCUGGUGGGCAUCCCGCUGGAACUGGUCCACAAAGGAUUCGAAGUGGGAAUGGUUUACACGUCGGGCGUCCUGGCAGGCUCGUUGUGCAGCUCCAUCUUUGAUCCCCUCAGUGCUCUGGUGGGAGCGUCUGGGGGAGUUUACGCCCUCCUCGGGGGAUAUUUUAUGAACGCGGUGGUGAAUUUCCGAGAGAUGAUUCCUCUUCUCGGGGUGUUUCGUAUCGCGGCCAUCGUGAUAUUCGUUGCCACAGAUUUUGGAUUUGCCUUCUACAGGAGGUUCCUGUCAGAAGAUGCCGGCUUGAAGGUGUCCUUCGUGGCGCACUUCGGAGGGAUCGUGGCGGGGAUGACCGUCGGCUACGUCUUCUUCAGCGCCUACAACCAGAAGCUGCUCAAGGACCCCCGCUUCUGGCUGUGCAUCGUGGGAUAUCUGCUGUUCCUGAUCUUUGCCGUGGUUUUUAACAUCGUCCUGAGCCCGGCGCCGUAGGAACGCCGGCCUGCACGCCGCAACACUAAACGCCUUGAUGUCACUCACUCAGGAAGCCGUGCUUUACUUGUGAAGUGUUUCUGUGAAAAGUUGCUUUUCAGUGACUUGUUAAAGUGCACAGGGCAUUUUACAUUUUUUUACUAUCAUAAUUUUUAGAGCUGAAUUUGUGUGUUCAUGCUGUUCAUGUGUUACAAUGCAGAAGGCAUAUAUUUUACGUUACAAGUUGGAGCAAAACGUGCCUUUUUUUAAAAUGAGCGAGUAAUUUUAGAACUGAAUCAAAUGUUCUCUUUACUUUUUAAUGGGUUGUGUUUUAUUUGAGGGUUUUGUAUUUGGGUUUUUACAUCGAGUAUCAGGAAAUGACUGAACAUACUGCUCCAAUUUAAUGCAAUUUUUUUUCAAACCGUUAAAUGGAAUAACUAUUUAUCGUCUCUAUUCAUAUCUGUUGAUGGUAAAGUAUUCAUUAAAUGUGAAAUAUUCCCCAUGUGAAUCACGGAAGAAAGCGUUUAUAAGGAAGCGCCGUGGCUGAAUGCCACUUUAUUGUUUCAGCCACAUCCUGUUGACAAGGCAGGACUUAUUACUUGUCAUUUGAUAAAACUUGAUUCAUUUCACCCUUCGUGCCUUGAACUUUUGUAACGUUGUCUUUUGUUUGACUAAAA